AUGUUUUCUUCUCCUUCAGCGCCGUCCAAGUAUUUUGCUUCACUGCCCGCGAGGCCACCGACGCCGCCAAAGGACAUCUCGAACGAUGUCGAUGUCGACGAUGCACUACGAUUCCUCGAGCAGGGCCACCACGAGACGGCACUGAUAACCAAUCCCUCGAAACCGACUAGCAUAAAGACAUCACAGACCACGCCAUCGUCUGGCACACCAGCUCUGGCACAAUCUCGAGGCGCCUCAGCCAACAAGAAGGUUGACUUCUCACCGUGUCUCACUUACCACCAGCCAGCACAGCCCACGCUACAAGGGCCACUGCAAGGCCGCUCGCCGCGACAUAGACUAUCAGCACAAGCAGUCAAGCCGCUCAAGUCCAUCUUGAAGGCGUCCAACGAGAACCUGCCUCUCACACCCGAUGACCUCGAGCACACGAGCAGCUAUUUCUCUCCACAGGAACCGGGCAGCUUCCGCAAGAUGAUGCAAUCAGUGGUUCAGCAGUUGGCAGGCUCUUCGAGGGACGGUCGACGGGAUGCAUAUCUGGCCAUCAAUGGCGCGCUGAAGGCUUAUGAAGGCGUGCCGGAUCCUCAGGCAAUGGUUGACAAGAUGCCUAUGCUACAACAAUUCAUCAGCCGCGACAUGGUGUGGAAGGACCAGAACGGCAAGCUCGACUCGUCUAUCGUCAGCCAAGCGCUGAACCUGACGUGUGCCAUCCUGCAUCACCCUCGAACUUCACCCGCCCUGGACGAUGACUUUCGCACGUUCGUGGUCGACCGCUCGAUCGCGGCGUUGGAGCAGCCUGAGGUGCCUAAAGCGAUCAUCAAGAUCCACGCAUAUCUGCUCAGCCAACAACGCUUCGGAUCGCACAUUGUGACUGCUGCCCGUGCCGAUAGGUUGGUCACCGCGCUACAGUCCAUUGAGGACCGCUGCUCCGGUAACAGCAUCAUUUCUGCUAGACUGAUCGCGUACCAACGCUUGAUUGAAGCCCAGCCCAAUGUCAUGCUCAAGCGGAUGCGAGACUGGAUCGAACACAUAUUCCAUGGCAUGCUCAGCAGUAUUAACGACACAAGAGCCAGAGGAAUCGAGACAUGUACACACGCUGGUCUAUACUUCGGCUCCCAGCCACAGGCUGCAACGAUCAUGUACGAAUUGUGCGAGAAGAGCGUGGACAGUCAGGACGAGUGCGAAGAGGAGCAAGAACAGACCUAUGGAGACUACUUGACGGAAAGACUGAACCAUAUGGCGUUGGACAAGGAGCUAGCAACUUACGCACCACAAAUAUGGGGAGCUGUGAUCCUGCUCUUUCGCAACAAGAAGAGGCCCGUCGAGAAAUGGCCGAAGUUCAAGCAAUGGCUGCAGACGAUACAGCGCUGCCUGAACUCUGGAGAUAUCGAGGUCAAGCAGCAGGCUAACAUAGCGUGGAGUAAGCUGGUCUUUGCAGUCAUGCCCGAUGCCUCCACCGAUCCAGCUCUGCGCUCAAUGCUCAGGGUACCCAUUGUUGCGGGUCUGGAGAAGCGAGGCAGUGACAAGUUGUCACAACAGCAAAGACAAAUAGCCAUGGACAGCUACUGCAACCUUCUUCACUACGGCUUACGACCAACAGUCUCGUACGAAGAAAUAGACAAAGCUUGGGAGCUGUAUGUUGAGCCAGUGCUCAGUAAUAUGGGCAAGGGGAAUAGCAAGGUGCAAGUCGGAGUCUGCCGUAUCCUUGAAGGUCUACUGAAAAAGAGCGAUGGAGUCUGGAACGCGAACGCAGCGAACCUUUCUGAAUCCAUCAAACCAGAAGAGCUUCCUCGCCUCGAUGCCAAAUGGGUCCGGUCUCGAGUUGGCAAAGUACUCGGCGUCCUCGAGCCUAUACUCCAGUCCACGAUGUGCUCGUCGCCAGACCGCAGCCGCUACAUGAACUCAUGCUGGAAGCUCCUGUUACAAGCAGUAGCUGAGGCCGGCACCCAGGAAGUCAAGACUUCUAGUGAGCUCAAGGAAGCCAUCGCACAGUUCACAAACCUCUUUCGACGGCUUUGGCAUGCUUCUGCUGGGUCUGCAAAGUCUACAGACGGCUCUGUAUGGAUUCAGCGAUACGAAGCUCUGCUCGAGACUGCUGUAGACAACCUGGGGGCCGCACAUUUUGUUGAGGACAUCCUCGCGAAGACCAGCGCCAACGAUGUCGAGGCUGCGCCUACACCAUCUCACCGAAUGUCAAAGCAUUCCAGAGUUGCACAUCCGCCAUUCGUAUUUCUAUUUGCCCUAUACUACCGGCCGACCAACACCCUGCAAGUGGAUGAUAUCUACACGAAAUCUGCCGCAUGGUUUCUUGAACUGCUCGCAGACACCAAAGGAACCGUUUCCGGCACUCUUGGUCUUCUUCACCGAUCGCUCCAGUUUUGUUCCGACCAAGCCGAACCGACGGAAAUCUGCGCGAGUCUGUGGCCAGCCAUCGCUACUGCAUCAGUGAGCGCCUUAGGCUCACGCAAGACCACAUCUCCGCAGCACGAUGCUCAGAUCAUGGGCGUCGCACUCAAGUCCUCUCUGAACAUUCUGUCCUACGGCUUGAAGUAUACACACGCAUCUCCCGCUCGUCUUGACAACGUCCGCGAUAUGUACCAAGCUACGUGCCAAGCAGCUAAACACUAUGGUCGUGAUGGUGGAGUUGCCUUGGGUGUUAUGGAACCAUUCGCCAAAAUUGUCAAAGACAUGGCCAAGGACAUCGAAUCUGGUGUACUCUCACAAGUCACAGUCUCGAUAUUGGACAAUGGCGUCUGGCCCAAGAGCCGUCAAGAGCUGGAGCAUGAUCGAAAGGCAUUAUGGGCUAUCAGCCUGGAUCCUCCCCGGUCAGCAACCUUCGACCCCUUCGAGCACGUCUACGCCGCUGCUAUCAUAGGAGUACAACGAGGGUACGAUUGCAUGAACAUCCCGAGCCAGUCGCAGCCAACGGGGCUACUGCAGGCGGUCACUGCCUUCGUGGAACGCUGCCCGAGAUCUAUGCUGCUUGUUGCGCUUCGCAGACUCCAAGCCGGCAUUGCGACAUGGGUACAGGACAAACGACGCGAAGUCUUCCCAAGGACGUCAAAUUCUAAGGCUGCCCCUUCCGCAGCACACGUCACUCAGCUUUGGACUCAAUGGAUGCUUCUACUCGAACAAUUACCACGGAAGGAUACCUCUGCACUGCAGGCGCUUGAGGUCUUGAUGGUGGCUGGCUUCUCAAGUCCGAGCAGAGAUGUCGUGAACAAGACGAUCACAGUGUGGAAUGCGACGUUCGGUAGUCAGCAGUCACUCGACUAUCCCAGGUCGUUGCGAUCUGUCUUGCGAGCACGUAAAGCGCAAGUUGAGAUUGAGCUGCCACAGUUCCCAGAGGAUGAUUCUGAAGAGGAGACGGUUGAGCUACCGGACUUCGUCGAGACCCAACAGGGGCUUUCUAGCUUCGAGACUGGCCUUGACGCGGCGUUCAAAAGCACACCACGGUUUGCGUUCGGCAACAAGCCUAGGUCGGAACAUGUGCCAGUCAAGAAUUCACCAGCGCCAGUAGCCCAGUCCAGCAAUGUUGGCAACAGGCGGUCUAGACUGUCUACAACACCAAAGGUCCGCCUCCGACACGAUGACUCGCAAAUCGACUUUGCACCUAUCGAUAAUACAUUGCCAAGCUUGACGAGAGAGGAGUCCCAAUUCUUGACGGACCACCAAAAGGAAGUGAAAGCCAGACAGCAUGGAGAUGCGCAGAUGUUUCCCGAUCUAUCCUCCAGCCCAAUGAGCAAGUCUACGGCGAAGGGCAAGAACAUUGCCAAGAAGCUCGACUUUGCGCCUCAGCCAUCUAUAGAGCAAGAGGAAGACACGACGUUUGCCACGCCGACAGGACUCGUGGAUGGCAACCCUAUGAGCGACGACAUGCCCUCGUCGCCUACUCCAAAGGCCAGUGACAAUAUCACAAGAGCAGACGAGCGAGCUUGUGAGAGUGACGAAGACGACAACGAGACCAUCGUAGAUCCGCCAUCUUCGCCUCCUCGAGAAGAUGAAGACACGAUAGCAGCAGCUCUGGAACAACCCGAGGACACGGGAGGUCCACCAGCAGAGCUCGACGAGACUAUCUUAGCAACGGAACUUCCUGGCCAACAGCCAGUCACAGAAGAUGCCAUCGAACAUGGCGAGGAUCAGGAUGAAGCUGGUGAGAACGGCAUUUCAGAUCUGCCAUCAGACACCGUCUUACCUGCGGAACAACUUGAGCGAGAAGCUGAAGCAGCCGCAAUGGAGGCCCAACUGCUCGACAAUGCCGAAGACACAACUAUCGUGGACACUGAGGAGAUACUUGACAACACCGUGGUAGAAGUGUCUGCUGCAGAGGAUCCAAAACAGCAAGUGGGCACGCCGUCCAGGAUCGAGAACUCGAUGCUUGAACCACAAAGUCAGCAAAGCGCAAAGUCAGGAGCCCAUGAAAAUCUCGAUGCACCCAGCUCUAGGAAAGGGUCCAAGAAACGUAAGCGCAACUUCGAGACUACGCAUACCAGCAAGAAGAAGAGCAAGUCGUCGCCUUUCAAGAGCUUCUUCAGUCGUCUUACUGGGUCGAGUCAAGAGAAUGAUGAUGAUGUGCAGGAUGAGAUUGUUGUGGCGAGUAGCCGAUCACCGAACAAGAUCGUGUCGCCGAAGGUCGUGGUGCCGACUGGGAAAAUUCGGCAUCCGGGGGCGUUGGAGGUUGUUGAUGAUGUUGUUGAGGACAGUCAAGAGCCUGAGCCGUCCAAAGCAGCGCCACCAGUCAAGCGCAAACGCGGACGGCCACCAAAGAUGGCGUCACAACCUCAAGCAAUAUCACAGUCACAGGAGCUCCCUUCUACUCGUUCCGAUCCUGCGGUCGAACACAGACGUGGUCGCAAGCGACGUGCCUCGCUGUCGAGCAUGGGAACUACCGACGAGCAAGGCAGUACCAGCUUCGUGGCCGACACGCCAGCACCCUUCAAGUCGAGAAAGUCGACACGACUUUCACAAGAGGGCAGCCAGGUCAUCAAUACUUCGAGGCGGCCAUCGGUAUUUUCAGUGAAACGAGCGAAACGCGUCGAAGAAGACGAACAAGAGGGCGACGACAGCGAAGAUGAUCUCAGCUCAGCCGCUCAGAGCACAUCUGCACAUGGGAGGGAGACUGUAGAGUCUAAGAGUAUCCUCGAGCGACUCCGCGGCGUGUACGCAGACUUCAAGGGUAAGGUCUUUGGGUCGAGGGACGAGGAGCGACAAUUCGACGAUUUGCUCUUCGAAUUUAGAAGGGAGGUGCAUGAGGCUGGGCGAAGAGGUUAUGCGAAGGACGAAUGA